AUGGUUCAAUCCACCCCAUACAAUCCCCAAUCAAAUGCCCAAGCGGAGGCUAGUAAUAAGGUGAUAAAAGGGAUUUUGGAAAAAAUGAUUGAUAAAAAUCCCAAGGAAUGGCACUCUCUUCUUUCCAACUCUCUAUGGGCGUAUAGAACCUCGAAGAGGUCUGCCACGCAAACAACGUCAUUCGCCCUCACUUACGGUCAUGAUGCCGUCUUGCCACUCGAGAUUUCGGUUAAGUCUCUAAGGGUGGUUCGCCAUGUCGAAUGGAGUGAGGAUGAAUAUGGGCAAGCCAUAGCACAAGAGUUAGACAACCUAGACGAGGUCAGAUUGGAGGCUUUAGAUAGAUUGAAGGCCCAAAAAGAGGCUAUGGCUCGAGCGUACAAUAAGAAGACCAAGGCCAAGAGUUUUGGGGCCGGAGAUCUUGUAUGGAAGACCAUUCUUCCGGUGGGAUCAAAGGAUCCAAAAUUUGGCAAAUGGUCUCCAACUUGGGAAUGCCCAUUUCUCGUCCACCAAUUGUUAGGAAAGGGGGCGUACAAGUUAAGUGACCAAAAUGGUCGGGUCCAUGGCGCGCCGAUCAAUGGUCGAUUUUUGAAAAAAUAUUACCCAACAGUUUGGGAAAUGGCGGAGAGAUAG